CUUCUCGUAUCCAUCCAACAAGUCAGAAUCAGUCAGAAAUCAGCAGUUCGCUGCCGGGCGCACUGUGUUGUGUAUGUGUGAUCUACUUUCGUUGCGGGCGACGAAAAACUACGCUAAUACUAAUUAAAAAAAGCUUUCUUUACGUUUGAACUCAUCACUAGUAAAUCAGUGCAAUAAAACCAUCAAAGUGUAAACUAUUUCAGAUUACAGUCAUCAACUGAAACUACGAAUUUAACUUCAAGCUUCUCAAAUCAAUGGGUGACAAUAAGCAAUUCUCUUUACUACCAAAGAUUAUAAACGGUGGCAUCGCCGGCAUCAUCGGCGUGUCUUGUGUUUUUCCUCUUGAUUUGGUAAAAACCCGAUUGCAAAAUCAACAAAUUGGACCAAAUGGCGAACGAAUGUACAAAUCCAUGUUUGAUUGCUUUAAAAAGACCUACAAGGCCGAAGGAUACUUCGGCAUGUACAGAGGCUCCGCCGUGAAUAUUUUAUUGAUAACGCCGGAGAAAGCUAUUAAAUUGGCUGCUAAUGAUUUCUUCAGGCAUCAUUUAACAACCUCCAAUGGUAAAUUGCCGAUAAGUCGCCAAAUGGCGGCAGGUGGUUUGGCGGGUUUGUGUCAGAUCAUAAUCACUACUCCCAUGGAGUUGUUGAAGAUUCAAAUGCAGGAUGCUGGUAGAGUUGCUGCUGCUGCAGCUGCUGCUGGAAAGAAAGUUGAGAAAACGUCCGCAACGAAAUUAACUGUCCAACUACUCAAGAAGCAUGGUAUUUUGGGAUUGUACAAAGGGACCGCUGCUACUGCACUACGUGAUGUAUCAUUUUCGGUUGUCUAUUUCCCAUUAUUUGCUACUUUGAAUGAUUUGGGUCCAAGAAAAGAAGGAUCUGAUGAAGCAGUAUUUUGGUGCUCAUUCUUGUCUGGCUGUGUGGCUGGUUCCACAGCAGCUCUAUUUGUCAAUCCAUUUGAUGUGGUGAAGACUCGACUGCAAGCACUUACAAAGGCUGAAGGUGAAAGAUCCUACAAUGGAAUCAUGGACGCCAUUAUUAAAACAAUGAAAUACGAAGGACCUACAGCAUUCUUCAAAGGCGGCGCUUGUCGUAUGAUCGUGAUUGCACCAUUGUUUGGCAUCGCACAAACAAUCUACUAUCUUGGGGUCGCCGAAACUAUGCUAGGCAUAAAAAAAUAAGGCAGCACACACAGAGAUCAAAAUGUAUUUAACUGCCCACGAAUUCCAUGAUGUUGUUGUUAAUUAAUUAUCGUUGUCAAUACUAGCCUAUCACUGUUGGUACAUACGUAAAUGUUUAAUAAUGUACACAAAUUUUAUUCCAAUGAUAGCCAAAGAAUGACCGCAUACAACUGAUAAAUGGAUUGCACAUAUCUUUGGACGUGAAUAUCAUUAGGAAUGGCUUUUUAUCAUGUGUUUGUCAUAGAUCUUAAAUGUUUCUUUUAUAAAAUAUUUUUAAGUUUGCUUGAGCUUCCAUGUACAUAGUAAAUACUCUAUUUGAUUCCAUGAAAUGCAGCCUCGAAAACGAGGAACUUAGUAUUGAUAUCAAAAUAUUAUUGUGCUGGUUACACACAUUUGAUUCACAUGUACAUGUUGUGUUAUGUUACUAUUUAUUUGAAAUAUUGUGAUAAUUAGAGAAUGCAUACUAUGACUAUGACGGACUUAAAUAUGACAAUACUAAAAGGAUGUAAAAAUGGACACGGAGAUUGGCCAUCAUACGAAAUGUUAACAUGUCAAUUUCUUGCUGGCAGAGUCUAUUUUAAUCAAUGUUAUGAAGUGUAGAAGAUUCAUUAGUAUAAAUAAAAUUAGAAUUAUUAAAAGUAAA